GCGGAGCACAGAUCUCCUCAAACUGAUGCUGCUAAGAGACCUUUAGUGCCCUUCCUCUGCUCUUGCACCUGUGGCUGCUGCAGGCAUCUUCGGAGAGACAUGGGACUCGCUUUGCUGCCCAUGGCUUUGCUGGUCCUGCCUGCCCUGCUGCUGUGGCCCACAAUGGCUCAUGACUCCGAGGAACCCAACGUGCGUUGUGGAGCAUGCAGGGCCCUGAUGGACGAGGUGGAGUAUGACAUCACCAAGGCUCGACAGAAGAAAACCAAGGUGGGCUCCUACCGCAUCAGGCCUGAUGGGACACAGGAGAGGAAAAAGGUUCCCCUGGCCCAGUCCGAGGCGUUUCUCAUCGACCUUUUGGAUAAAGUGUGUGUGCGAAUGAACGAUUACCAGCUGGAGGACGACCCAGUGACCAAGCAGAAGUAUUUCAGGAGAUACGCUCCGAGAAAGGGAGACAAAAUAUACAAAGAAUAUAAAAAGUUCUUCUUUUAUUCCGAUGCCUACAAACCUUUGAAAUUCGCGUGCGAGGCCAUCAUUGAAAAGUAUGAGGAUGAGAUAUUCGCACUUAUCGCCCAGGAGGCACACCAUCUAGCUGACAUGCUGUGCGGUGAAAAAUCAGAUCUCUGUGGCACUCCUAUCAACCAUCCUGAACCCUAGGAGUGAGAAGAGUGGAUUCACAGCCCGAAAGGUCACUGUGUGCCUCCACAUCGUGUGACCCCCCAUGAUAAGGAAGUUCAUCUCCGGUCUGCUGUACAUGUCUCAUGCGUGAUAUUGGUUUAAAAAUCUCUUGUUUGGCAUCGUGACAAACCCCAAGUCUUCUUUUAGGUGAAGAGCAGUUUAUAUAACUGAACACCCCUUGGCAUGUUUGGGUGGAAGCUGGGUUGGCAAUAGAGCAUUAACUUUGACGGUGGGAAAAGGGUGAAACCAUUUCUCUAAGUCAGUAGGGAUUUAUGAGUGGGUAGAGGGUUUCAUAACCAAAUGUGUCUGACACAUCUGUACACGGCUUGCAGUUUGGAAAGAACUCAGUUUGACUUCUCAGCUAUUCUAUUGGCUCCAGUUCAAAGCAUUCAGUUGCAGCUAAUGCCAUGGGUUGGUUAUUCUGGAAGGUUCUGUGUGGUGCUUGCAAAGCCACCCCUCUAAAUCAGGAAUGGGACUUACAGAUCUGGAAACAGAUUUCAAAACUUUAUCCCUAGGAUUCAAUAGGAUAGAUAGAAGGGACCUGGGUGCUUCUCCCGGUGAAUGGCCACCUCACCGGGCUGCUAACCACACUC